GAACCGAGCUCUGCUUCCCAAAGCAAAAUUUGUAAUAUGCCAUUUUUCCGAUGGACGCUUCUCCUUUGGGCUGCUGACGGAGCCGCGGGAAGAUGCCGGCUUGCUGCCACGCCACCCAGCCGGGGCACGUUCCGGGAGGGCGCCGGGGCACGCGAGUGUCUAAGCUGCCUUUCUCCUCCGGUUGCUAGGGAAAUGGUCCAGGAGUGCCGGGCGUGAGCUUCCCCUCUCGUCAAGCCUGAGACUGCGGUUGUCAUUGAUCAAUUGAAGAAGCAGGACCCGAAAUUACAGACAUUAGCAAUGAUGUGUGAAGUGAUGCCCACGAUUAAUGAGGACACCCCAAUGAGCCAAAGGGGGUCCCAAAGCAGUGGCUCGGACUCAGACUCCCAUUUUGAGCAGCUGAUGGUGAAUAUGCUAGAUGAAAGGGACCGUCUUCUAGACACCCUUCGGGAGACCCAAGAAAGCCUUUCACUUGCCCAGCAAAGACUGCAGGAUGUCAUCUAUGACCGAGAUUCGCUCCAGCGACAGCUCAAUUCAGCCCUGCCACAGGAUAUCGAAUCCCUAACAGGAGGGCUGACUGGUUCUAAAGGGGCUGAUCCGCCGGAAUUUGCUGCACUGACAAAAGAAUUAAAUGCCUGUAGGGAGCAACUCCUAGAAAAGGAAGAAGAAAUUUCUGAACUUAAAGCUGAAAGAAACAACACAAGACUGUUACUGGAGCACUUGGAGUGCCUCGUGUCCCGACAUGAAAGGUCACUAAGAAUGACAGUGGUGAAACGGCAAGCCCAGUCCCCCUCAGGAGUCUCCAGUGAGGUUGAGGUUCUCAAGGCACUGAAAUCUUUGUUUGAGCACCACAAGGCCUUGGAUGAAAAGGUAAGGGAGCGACUGAGGGUUUCUUUAGAAAGAGUCUCUGCACUGGAAGAAGAACUAGCUGCUGCUAAUCAGGAGAUUGUUGCCUUGCGUGAACAAAAUGUUCAUAUACAAAGAAAAAUGGCAUCAAGUGAGGGGUCCACAGAAUCAGAACAUCUUGAAGGGAUGGAACCUGGUCAGAAAGUCCAUGAAAAGCGUUUGUCCAAUGGUUCUAUAGACUCAACUGAUGAAACUAGUCACAUAGUCGAACUACAAGAAUUGCUUGAAAAGCAAAACUAUGAAAUGGCUCAAAUGAAAGAACGUUUAGCAGCCCUUUCUUCCCGAGUGGGGGAGGUGGAACAGGAAGCAGAGACAGCAAGAAAGGAUCUCGUUAAAACUGAAGAAAUGAACACUAAGUAUCAAAGGGACAUUAGGGAGGCCAUGGCACAGAAGGAAGAUAUGGAAGAAAGAAUCACAACCCUUGAGAAGCGUUACCUCAGUGCUCAGAGAGAAUCUACCUCCAUACAUGACAUGAAUGAUAAACUAGAAAAUGAGUUAGCAAAUAAAGAGGCCAUCCUACGGCAGAUGGAAGAGAAGAACAGACAGUUACAAGAGCGUCUUGAGCUGGCUGAGCAAAAGUUGCAGCAGACUAUGAGAAAAGCCGAGACCUUACCUGAAGUAGAGGCUGAACUGGCUCAGAGAAUUGCAGCCUUGACAAAGGAAAGAUUAGCAGAAGAAAUUGAAAAGCUGAGAUCUGAACUUGACCAAUUGAAAAUGAGAACUGGCUCUUUAAUUGAACCCACAAUAUCAAGAACUCAUCUAGACACCUCAGCUGAGUUGCGGUAUUCUGUUGGAUCCCUAGUGGACAGCCAGUCUGAUUACAGAACAACUAAAGUAAUAAGAAGACCCAGGAGGGGCCGCAUGGGUGUGCGAAGAGAUGAGCCAAAGGUGAAGUCUCUUGGGGAUCAUGAGUGGAAUAGAACUCAGCAAAUUGGAGUGCUAAGCAGCCACCCUUUUGAAAGUGACACAGAAAUGUCUGAUAUUGAUGAUGAUGACAGAGAAACUAUUUUUAGCUCAAUGGAUCUUCUCUCUCCAAGCGGUCAUUCUGAUGCCCAGACUCUAGCCAUGAUGCUUCAGGAACAAUUGGAUGCCAUCAACAAAGAAAUCAGGCUAAUUCAGGAAGAAAAAGAAUCCACGGAGUUACGUGCUGAAGAAAUUGAGAACAGAGUGGCUAGUGUGAGCCUGGAAGGCCUGAAUUUAGCAAGAGUCCACCCAGGUACCUCCAUCACUGCCUCUGUUACAGCUUCUUCACUGGCCAGUUCAUCUCCCCCGAGUGGACACUCAACGCCAAAGCUCACCCCUCGGAGUCCUGCCAGGGAAAUGGAUCGGAUGGGAGUCAUGACACUGCCAAGUGAUCUAAGGAAACAUCGGAGAAAGAUUGCAGUGGUGGAAGAAGAUGGUCGGGAGGACAAAGCAACAAUUAAAUGUGAAACUUCUCCUCCCCCUACCCCUAGAGCCAUCAGGAUGACUCACACCCUUCCCUCCUCCUACCACAAUGAAGCCCGAAGUAGUUUGUCUGCCUCCCUUGAGCCAGAAAGCCUUGGGCUUGGCAGUGCCAAUAGCAGCCAAGACUCUCUUCACAAAGCCCCCAAGAAGAAGGGAAUCAAGUCUUCGAUAGGACGUCUGUUUGGUAAAAAAGAAAAAGCCCGACUUGGGCAGCUCCGAGGCUUUAUGGAGACUGAGGCUGCCGCUCAGGAGUCCCUGGGGCUAGGCAAACUUGGAACUCAAGCUGAGAAGGAUAGAAGACUGAAGAAAAAGCAUGAACUUCUAGAAGAAGCUCGGAGGAAGGGAUUACCUUUUGCUCAGUGGGAUGGGCCCACUGUGGUUGCAUGGCUGGAGCUCUGGUUGGGAAUGCCUGCUUGGUACGUAGCAGCCUGCCGAGCCAAUGUGAAAAGUGGAGCCAUCAUGUCUGCUUUAUCAGACACUGAGAUCCAGAGAGAAAUCGGGAUCAGCAAUCCCCUGCAUCGCUUAAAGCUGCGACUAGCAAUCCAGGAGAUGGUUUCCCUAACAAGUCCUUCAGCUCCUCCGACAUCCCGAACUCCUUCAGGCAACGUUUGGGUGACCCAUGAAGAAAUGGAAAAUCUGGCUGCUCCAGCAAAAACGAAAGAAUCUGAGGAAGGAAGCUGGGCCCAGACUCUGGCUUAUGGAGAUAUGAACCACGAGUGGAUUGGAAAUGAAUGGCUUCCCAGCCUGGGGUUACCUCAAUACAGAAGUUAUUUUAUGGAAUGCUUGGUAGAUGCAAGAAUGUUAGAUCACCUAACAAAAAAAGAUCUCCGUGUCCACUUAAAAAUGGUGGAUAGUUUCCAUCGUAAAAUUCAAGAAGUAGUUCUUCAAGUCUGUGAGUCAAACGCAGUUUGCCUAACACUUUUUAAACUAAUACCUGGACUAGUUUACUUGUUAUCAUCACAUCAAAUUAUAAUUCUAUAUUGGCAGAGUGAUGACAAGAAUUUCAGGCGUGGGUCAACAUGGAGAAGACAGUUUCCCCCCCGUGAGGUACAUGGAAUCAGCAUGAUGCCUGGGUCCUCAGAAACAUUACCGGCUGGAUUCAGGUUAACCACAACAUCUGGGCAAUCGAGGAAAAUGACAACGGAUGUUGCUUCAUCAAGACUGCAGAGGUUAGAGAACUCCACUGUUCGCACAUACUCAUGUUGACAAGCCACACAAAGGAGGCAGCACUGACUUGCUAUGUCUUUUCCGUCUACUCUACCUAAAGUGCACUACCAUCUCAGAAGAUGAACAGUGAAAACCUUUGUGAAGACUGAAUUCUAAGGACACAACCCCAAGUAAUGACUUAUUAAGCUGAAAAUGUGAUCUGGGGGGAGUCAGAUAUUAAGUUUGAUUAGUUUACUACAAUUGUAAGAAAAUGCUUAAGUCAUUUGAAUAAUAAGCAUCAUCCACAUCCUACAUUCUGUACAACAGAUGCUUUUAUGAAAUGGAGCCACUUGUUUUUUCAUGUUUUAUUGUAAUAUACUACGCAUUUAUGUAUUACUGUGUAUGUAUUUCUUUUUAAAUGUGUCUUCUGUAAAUGGAUAUAAAUAUGAUUUUUUAAAAAAUAAAAUAUAUGGUUCAUGGAGUCUCGAGUGCAAACAUUUGACAAUCCCAAGUACUGUUUGUAUUUUACCAUCCCACCAUUUUUACAGUUUUUGAAUUGUAACAGUCAAAUCGAUAUGUUUCUCCUUCAAGUCUGUCAAUACUUAAAGCUGAAAACCUGCCUCUGAUCAUGUAAAAAGGAAUGAUUUAACCUGGAACUGGAGCCAAAAAUAGUCCUUUAAAGGCAAUCAGGGAUGUCCUAAAUCUUUAGAAAUAGCACUGUGAUGGCUUGAUCUCCUUUUCAAUACAAAACAGAGCUAAACUGUUUACAAGAGUCAAAAGCAAUUCUUUAAAAAAAUUUAUAAGGAAUGAACAUUAUCUUCUCUUGUUACCUGUGGACCAAGUCAAAAAAGAAAAAAAAACUACUAAGAACCACAUGUUCAUCAGAUAUCUUGAACCGCCAGCCAGCACUGUUCAGUGAAUGUCAACCACUGCGGAGUCUGAGGCUCAUUUCCACUGAAAAAAAAACAAAACAAAACCCAGAAACCUUUCCCUUUUGUCAAUGUAACAGGGCAUUAGUCAGACUCAUGUAUAAUGUUAUAAGCUUCUAGCCAAGAUGGCCUUGUUGCGACUUCCCUGAAGUCAGUCUUAUCAGAGGAAAUAAAUGAAAGACAGAAUGAUUAACAUAUAUAGUGUAUAAAAGUAUAGAAGAGUAAUCUCUUCCCUGUGGCUUUAUUUGGUGGUGUUACUGUUGUUUAUUCUUUGUUUAUAUGGGAGAUUUCAAAGUAAAAACCUAUUUAAUAAUACCAUUUAUCUAACUGCUGAUUUUCUGCUGCUUGAUCUUAUGAAGCGCAAGACCUGUCAUUAGUAAUUUCCUUUUUGUAUUUAAUUUGCUAUGUUUGCACGUACAUUACAUUUGUUUUGAUGUCUGUUUUUGUUUAACAGAUUCAGUCGAAAGAUAAUGGUAACAGAAACCCUUUCCAUUGUCAAUAAAAAAAAAAAUACUUCCAGUUCUCUGUUUAAUCUUUGUUUUCUAGUCACCUAAUGUUUAACAAUUUACUUGAACCAUAAUGCAAAUUGUCCUUUUAGCGACUCUCAAUCUAAUAUUUAUCUUCAAUAGUGAGUCUGCCACAAGAGGGAGCCCUAAACUUGCUUAUGAAGGUGAUUUUAAAUUUUCUAGAAAUGUUGCCUGAGCAGAAACAAUGGGAAAGAGCUUUCUAAGCUCAUCUGAUCAUGGGGAUCUUGACUUAAGGAAAUGAAAUGUAAUAUAGAAACUAUGAUAUUAUAAUAACAAAUGAUUUGUAUCUACUCUCAAUACAUGACUUAAUCACAUAAUCAGUUUCUCCCCUUUAGAGAUCAUCUGGUAAGAAAUAGUAAUCGUUUAUAAUAGACUCUAAUGUAGAGCGAUAAAAAGAUCUACCUGUUCCCUCAAAAAAAGUAUAAAAUACUCUUCAACGUAUAAUAUAAUUUCUGCCAGAUUCUAAACUCCAUUUAAUUUGGAUUUUUAAGCUCAGAAUCUCAGUAGUUUUCCU